GCAAGGGGAAGGGCCACUUGUGAAUGAGACCAAGCGCCUGAUUUCCUUCUGCAAAGUUCCAACAUUGACAUUUUUUUUCCAUAGCUGCGUGUGUGCGCGCGCCCGCCCUCGUGUCUGUUUCUUGCUGGCUUCAUUCAGAAAAAGAGGAAGAAUUUUUUUUCAACACUCACUCCCAACAACUCCUGCAACAACUCCCACCCCUCCCCAAAAAAAAUCUAGACCCGGACGACUGGCUAUCGAUCAGCUGCUGUUGUGAUCGUCGAUCGCACAGACUCCUGUGCCUUGUACUCUCUUACCCCACUCCCUCCCCAGUCACCAACCUUCCUCACCCCCUCCACCCCCAACCCAUUCUCGUCUCCGCUGGAUGCUUUUAACAGAUAGCCCCGGCUGAUCUCCGCCACAAUUUGGAUCCGCAACCGAUUUCUUUUUUUGUGCGUGUGGAGCUUUCGGCUCUGAGCUGUACACAUACAGCGACAGAGGAGAGAGAGACCGAGCAGCGCUGCGGCCACGGUGAGUUUAAAAAGGACUUCAGAUGUGUUCUAAGCCUGCUGGAGUGAUCACUCUUCAUUGUACGGAUGGAUACGCGAACUCAAAAUGGCAGUGGUUCCCCAGCCCUGCUACAGUUGCUGCGUGACAGCGGAAGGCAACACAUGGAACCUGACCCCAGGGAUGUACAGGCGCAGCAGGUUCAGGUGUUGUCACUUGAUCAGAUCCGAAUUAUAAGAGCCACUAAUGAGUACACGGAGGGACCAAGUGUUGCCCCGAGGCCAGGGAGCAUGUCUGUGUACCGACCAUCUUCUCAACACAAAAAUGAAAGGAUGUCUGGAUUAAAUAACAACCAAGACCAUCAGCGGCUUAACAGCCGUAGUCAACACCACCAUGUGCAUUCUUCUUUGAGGGCGCCUUUAAUUCGUUCAACAAGCACUGUGAGUACAGGUUCUCGGAGUAGCACAAGGACAAGUACAAGUAGUACAUCGUCUGACCAGCGGCUUUUGGGACCUUCCUCAUCACCAACUAGCCAUGCCCCUGAUCGGAUAAUUAGGGUGCAACCCAAACCGGAAUUUAAAUCUGAUGAACUGAAACCUCAAGGGAAAGAAGAAUUGGGCAAGCACAUCUACCGAUGUGAAGACUGUGGGAAAUGUAAGUGUGAGGAAUGCACUUAUCCAAGGACUCUACCUUCCUGCUGGUUCUGCGAGAAGCGGUGUCUCUGCUCGGCACAGAAUGUGGUGGAGUAUGGGACCUGCGUCUGCUUUGUAAAGUGUGUCUUUUACCACUGCUCAAACUAUGACGAAGAAGACAGCUGUGCAGAUAAUCCGUGCUCCUGCAGUCAGUCACAUUGCUGUGCCCGGUGGUCAGCCAUGGGCCUUAUGUCUCUCUUAAUGCCCUGCCUGUGGUGUUACCUGCCUGCCAAGGGCUGCCUUAAGUUGUGCCAGGGGUGCUACGAUAAGGUUAACCGUCCUGGGUGCCGUUGCAAAAAUUCAAACACUGUUUGUUGCAAGGUUCCUAGCUUACCUCCUCGGAAUCUUGAGAAGCCCUCCUAGCUGCAAAGGAGAGGGUACUAUUUCUGAGCUACCCUUUCAUACUUUCCUUCUGUCCUUUGGUAGUCUUGAGUGGAAGAAAGCAUUUACAGUACUGGGAGAAAGCAUUUACAGUACUAGCAUUGAGCACAAUGCUGGAUACCUUUUUUUAAUCUGAAUGCCUUAAAAGGAGUAAACCACAUAAUUUACAGCCAUUAAGAUGACCCUUGUUUGUUAAAAGAAAAAAGGUAUCUCCCAUUGUUCUUGUGCUCAUGUUCUAGUUGACCAGCUCAACAUGCCUUAUAUAUUCUGUGUGUAGUAAUAGCACUGCAAUUUUCUGGUAUUUAUGGGGACUUUUAUGGUUUACAGUGAUACCACUGUUGACCAUUUACUCCAUCUCGCUUAACCGACACGGACGAGGAUAAAAAUAAUCCAAUCAGCUAGAUCAAGCAGGAUGAUGCACAAUAUGCAUUGUAUUUGAGGCAACAUAAGCUAAAGCUAAAGGUAAUGCAAUGACACUCCUGGUCUUUCUGUAUUGUAUGUGAAUACUUCUUGCAGAAUAUGUAAAUUGGCAAAUUGCUCCUUUUUGCUGCCAGAGUUAAUUUGUUAUAUUUUUGUAUAUACAAUAAUAUUAAGACUGUGAAAAUUGUGCCAUAUAAAUGGCAGAUUUACAAAAUAUUAUACUAAUAUGUUGUACAUUCAGCCAAAUGUGAAUCAGUCGAUCAUUACGUUUAGGCUAUGCUUCACCUUACAAAAUUCACCAUUAUGUCACUCUUGAUAUCCCUGACAUCAUGUAUAUUGUACAGUUACCAUAAAUUCGGUCUUUAUUUUCUAAUUUUUCAACAUAUUGUUUAGUGUAAAGAAUAUUUAUUUGAAGUUUUAUUAUUUUAUAAAAUAUUUAUUUUAAAAGGCAUCUUACAAAUUCACCCAUUAAAAAAAAACGAUGGGAACAUCAUGGUUACUGAAAAUGAGGGUGAUGCAAA